AUGGGGAUUAAUGGCCUCCUCCCUUUGCUCAAAUCCAUACAAAAGCCAUGCAAUUUGAAGAAGUUCGAUGGCAAAACCCUCGGGGUGGAUGCUUAUGGCUGGCUACAUCGUGGAACUGUAUCAUGUGCUAUGGAUCUUGCGAUGGAGAAACCAACAAGAAAAUAUGUUGAGUAUUGUAUGCACCGGGUACGAAUGUUACUGCAUUUUGGCGUCACUCCUUACUUGAUAUUCGAUGGUGACUAUUUGCCAAGUAAAGCUGCGACGGAGAAGGACAGAGAGAAGCGUCGGAAAGAUAGCAAACGACUUGGGCAGGAGUUAUUGAAUGCUGGGAAGACCUCACAAGCAUACCUGGAAUUUCAGAAAGCGGUCGAUGUGACUCCGGAGAUGGCCCGUCAUGUAAUUGAUGAGUUGAAAGAGAUGGGAGUACAAUAUAUUGUAGCCCCAUACGAAGCCGAUGCCCAAAUGGUCUACCUAGAACGAAAAGGUAUAAUCGAUGGAAUACUAUCUGAGGACUCUGACCUUCUGGUGUUCGGUGCCAAAUGUCUUCUCACUAAGUUGGAUCAGUUUGGAAACUGUAUUGAAAUUAACAAGGCCGAUUUUUGCGCUUGCAAAGAUGCCAACUUGACGGGCUGGUCUGAUGUCGAAUUUCGGAGGAUGGCAAUCCUAAGUGGUUGUGAUUAUCUAGCUAGCAUGAGUAGAAUGGGGUUAAAGACAGCUUAUCGGCUAGUCCGGAAGCAUAAGACGAUUGAAAAUAUCGUUAAGAUGAUUCAAUUUGACGGGAAAUUCCAGGUGCCGAAGAAUUACCUCGAAUCUUUUUAUCAAGCCGAGUUCACUUUUUUACAUCAGAGGGUUUUCUGUCCCGAGACCUUGACCUUAGUUCUUCACACUCAACCAGAUCUUCCACUCACGGAAGAUCAAAACCAAUUCAUUGGACACGACGUUUCACCACAAAUUGCUCAAGGCGUUGCAAAAGGCGAUUUGGAUCCUAUCACCAAGCAACCCAUUCUCACUGAUCGAAGAAACAUGAUGGCCAAUCCUUUCACGGCUUCGAAGAGAUCUGUCUCAACCAACGAUCUCAAAAAGGGUGUCUCGAUCGAUACAUAUUUCAAAACCAAGCGUACCCCCCUUGCAGAGCUUGAUGUCAAUUGCUUUACACCUUCUCACAGCCAGCAACAGCUCUUGUCUAGAAACUCUGGACCAUUGGUUGCAGAACCAAUUCGUCCAUAUUUGCAACGAUCUACCACCGCAGUUGAGCCACAAUUACCUCCUCACCCUACCCCUCAAAGCGCCAGAUCGAUUGGACGACGAGUGGAUUCAUUCACUGAGUCGCGUCCACCAAAGCGUGCUCGAUUAUGUGAGGAUGAUUCGUACCUUCGAACACCAGGAACUGGUCAGAAAGUGGAGCUCGGUCGAAGCCGUUUCUUUGCGGAUGGAUUCGAAGAUGACAGUCCAAGUGUUCUCAAGGUUUCAAAGAGAAAGAAAAAGCCGAAGGAGGAUAUCAACAUCUAUUCAGACGAUUCUAUCGAGGAAGCUAUGAUGAGCCUUCCAGAUGUCGACAACUAUUUUAUAACCAAGGAACCAAAAAUCAACAUCUUCCGAGAACCUUCGUCCAAAUUUACUCAUGACUCUCAGGAAAGUGCAACAACUACGUCUACCAAGCAUCAUGAGUCUCAAGAUUCUCAAAGUACUGUUCCCAGUCUUGAUUCUUCGACCUCUAGCAGACACUCAUCUGAGCAGCCACCCUCUCCGACUCUCAAUUCAUCCACCUCACUCCCAUCCUUGAAGAGCAGAUUUUCGUUUGCUGCUUCAAAUAUUGCAAUACCAAAGACUACUCCCAAUCAAGGUCUUCCAACCCCACCAUCCUCCUUCUCGGCUCAGUUCCAAUCGCGGAUUCCUGUUUCAGCGAAGUCGAUUCCCACGAUUGCAAAGAAACCUACCCCCUCAGCUAGAUCUGUACUCACUCCUCUUCAGCGAUUAGGUGCUGCUGCACACAAUCGCUUCAAGCUCCCACCAACACCUCCAAUGACUCCAAUUCUCGCCGCCGGCCCCAUCGCCUUUCUCCGCAGGACCUGCGUCCCUUUUCCCGAGGCUAGCAAAGAGAACAACCCAAGAUUGGCAAACAUUCAACCGGCAUCCGUCCCCUUACCCCCAGUCGAUGAAACCGAAGAGGCUGCUUUGAACCAGAAGGGUAGCGAGGAUAUGAUCACACCAGACAGCGAGAGGGAGGAUGAGCCAUUGUCGCCAACCGAAGAGGGAUCAAGUAAGGGAUUGGGGUUGAGUCUUAAUUUGGGAAGAUUCGCAUAUGCUGGUUGA